AACAAUUAGUUAAAUUGAGUGAUUCUGUACAAUCUAUAACUUAUGCUUCUACUUAUUCAGAAUCAAAUAAAACUUUUCAAGAAUUUACUACUAAUCAAGUUUAUGACUUAGAAAUUGAAACUCCAAUUUCAACAAAUAUGAAUGAUACUAUUGUGAAAUUG